GCUAUGGUUCACUGUGGGUCUCCAUCCUCACAAUGCUGAGAGCUGGGAUGCACAGGCGGAAAAGAUUGUGCGCGAGCUCGCGGCCCAUCCAAAGUGUGUAGGCCUGGGCGAGUGUGGCCUCGAUUUCUUCAAGCAUAAGCCCGAAGAGGAGGAGAUUCAGCUAAAGGCCUUCCGAGCCCAGACUAAGCUGGCUGUUGAGCUGGGUAAGGCUCUGGUUGUCCACGCGCGGCUGGUGACGCGAGAAAAUGAGAGCCGUUUUCUGCGUGAGUUGAAGCA